UAGCCACUGUCACAAACACUCUGCGGCCGGACGCCUUUCGUCGCGCUCGCAUUGGCCUUGGCAGUUCCACCACUCUGUAGGCGCCGUCUACCCAUUAUCUUCCGUUCACGUAGCCCGCGAGGUCUCAUUGCGCAGCGUUCGUCCCUCUAAGCCUGUCCGUUUCGACUAUCCGGUAACUGCCCACAAACCAUGGGCAACGCAGUCCCCUAGUAGCGCCAGCAGAAUCCAACAGGAUUGAGCGGAUAGCAGUCUCCAUUAUCAGUAAUUAGUCAUUCGCGCCGCGCCUCGCGAUGGACGACUCGAGGGUGGGAGUACAGCGGAAAUCAGGCCUCGCCCUCCAUGGCCGCAGCAUCAGCGCAAAGGAGUCGAGCCGCGUGCUGCUUGCGGGAGCUCAAGCGUCCGAAAGCCUCACCCGCACGACCACCCUAUACCAUCCCACCCACGCCUACAGCCACUACCCACCGGCGGACGAACCAAACCUAGCUUCGGUAGACUUCCGAGCCUGGCUCGCAGACCAGGUGAAGUUCAGCCGGAGCCUCGUCAUCCCGCAGGUCCCGGAGAAGCCGAGCUUCCUCGAGACGUUCGCGCCGUUCAAACUCUUGGGGCGCGUGGGGAGCAAGAAGGCGCAGUGCACGGUGGCGAUGCACGUGCACGGGGUGGACAACUUCCCCAAGGACUUUGAGGGCAAGGAGCUCGUCGUGCAGUGGCUGCGCCGCGGCAUGUCCGUCGGCACGAGCCCCAUGGUGGUCCACCGCGGCGUGGCGCGCUUCGAGCAGACGUUAACGAUGUCGUGCACCAUGUUCUUCAACGCUGGCGCGCAGGGGACGGUGAAGUUCAAGCGGAAGGCGUCCACGCUCUGCGUGCAGAUGCUGAAGCCCUCCGGGAUUGGCUACGUCGCGGAGCUCGGACGGCAUUCCGUGGAUCUAGCGAAGCUGCUGCCCGCGGCGCUGCACGAGAGGGAGGGCCAGCCGGUGACGCUGAGCUUCCAGCUCGCGGGGUUGGCGGAGGGGGCGGUCAUGGUUGCGACGUUCGGGUACGAGUUACAACUCGCCCGAGGCGUUUCGUACAUCGCACGAGUUGACACGAAGUCGUUCCGCCUGUACGCCGCGACCGCGAUCGCCGCGGCCGCCGCUGCGGUGUCGCCCACCGGCAGCCCGCAGGGGAGCCCACAGGCCAGUCCGCGCGGCGGGAAGGACAAUGACGAAGCGUCGCCGAAGAAGAAAAAGCUGUCGUUCUCCCUCUACCAAGCGCCGGCGGACCGCUCCGCUGCACCGCAGAGCGCGCGGGGCCAGGGGGACGCGCGCGGGACCCGCGCGGGCCCGCUGAUGCGGAUGAUUUCCGGGGGGAGCGCGAUGCGGACGGUGGUGGAGGAGGAGGAAGAGGAGGAGGAGAAGGCGAAGGGGAAGGAGACGCGGACGGCGGGGGGAAAGGGGCCAGGCGGAGUGGGUGGAGUGGAGACGGUGGGGGAGAAGGAGGCGAAGGGGGAGGGUGACGCGGUAGAUCUGGCGGACGUUCUUGCGGAGGGGGAGGGGUUGAAUGACGAGGAGGAGGAGGAAGAAGAGGAUGAUGAGGAUGAGGAGGAAGAUGAGGAGGAGGACGAUGAUGAUGAUGACGACGAUGACGAGGAGGACGAGGAGGACGAAGAGGAGGAGGAGGAGGAGGAGGAGGAGGAGGGGGGUGUGGAGGUGAAAGAGGUGAUGGCGGGAUACGCGGUAGAGAGGGACUCGAGCAUUGAGCGCACGGUGCGCGUGGAUCCGGGCACGGCCGCCACCACGGCCACCAGCAGCGCGUUUUCAACCGCCUCUACCACCACGUUUGACUCGGCGAGCUCAACGGGCGACGGCAGGUCGCAGCAGUCGCAGGGGUCGCAGGGGUCGCGCAUGGCGCAGGCGAUGCGGGAGUUCGAGUGGACUCUGCAGGCGGAGCACUCGAAGCUGCACACAGCCGCGCCCGCGCCCGGGGACGAGCGCAAGGGGCUGGCGUGCGACGGCGACCUCGUGCUGAGCUGCGAAGACGCGUAUAACGGGGAUGCAGCGAAAGCGGGAGGCGGGGCAGGGGAUGGGGGCGGGGCAGGGGAUGGGGGCGGGCUGGAGGAGGAGAUGGACCUGGUGUCGGACGAGCUCAUGGAGCUGCUCUUGCUCUCGGGCGCGCUGGACGGUGGGGCGGGUGGGCUGGACGGCAUGGGCGGCGAAGGGGAUGACGAGGAGGAUUUAGGCGUGGACGGAGGCCUGCUGGGAGUGGCGCAGGGGCUGCUGAGCCCCACGCGCCAGGCGUCGAGCCGAGUGGGGAGUAACAGUGUGAGUAUGAGUGAGAGGGAGGGGGAGGGGGAGGGGGAAGGGAACUGGGCGGACGGGGGUGGGGAGGUGUCGUCUUUCGCAGGCGAGGAAGAGGAAGAGGAGGAAGAAGAAGAGGAGGAAGAGGAGGAAGAGGAAGAAGAGGAUGUGUUUGACGGGGAAGGAGAGCGAGGAAUGGCGAUGUGCAAUGGUGCUGGGAGGGAGGGAGCGCAGGAGGAGGAGGGGGGCGAGGGCGACGACGACGAUCCGUUGUCGUUUAUGGUGAGGGAGGCGGAGGAGGAGCAGCAGAAGGCGGAGAUCGAGGAGAAGAGCCGCCGCAAGGCGCGCCUGCUGGAGAGCGAGGAGGAGGCGGCGCUCAUGCUGCAGUUCCGAGGGAAGUCCGGUACUGGCGGUGCUGCUGCUGCUGCUGCCUUUGCUGCUGAUCUUGCCCCUCCCACUGCAUCCGCUGCUGCCGCUCCUGCACCUGCUGCUGCUGCUGCUGCGGCUGCGGCUGCGGCUGCAGCGGAUGGUGAUGCGGGUGGCUCCGCUGCUGCGGGCAGCAGCAGUGCGCUGGUGGUGGCGGGGAGAGGCAGGGGCGCGCCCAGCACCGCCUCAGCCUCCACCACUUCCGCUUCUUCUGCUGCAUCUGCUCCCCCUGGUCGCAAGCGCUGGGGUGCAGCGGGGCCGCUGGCCCUAGGAGGGCGGGGCAGAGGCACCAGCAGCAGCAGCGCUGGCACGCUUGUGCCCAGUGGCCGCGGUAGGGGGACGCUGGGCGCGGGACGGGGGGCAGGGGGAAGGGGGCCGGCUGACAGUGCAGGAGAGAGUGAAACUGCUGGAGAGAGAGAAGGCAGGCGGGUGGCGCGAGGGGGGGAAGGGGUGGGGGGAGGAAGAGGAGGUGCAGAAGGGACUGGGAGUGGGGGAG